UGCCGGUAAUUGUUCAAAAUUAACCCCUAUUGAACGGUUUAUAUCAGAAAUAAACAAUAAAUUACGUACUUAAACCGAAAAGUUGGUAAAUUUUGGAUUACCAAGAGUAAUGGCGUAAGAUUAAAUGGGUUGAUUUAUUAUGGCUGCCUUUGAUGAUACGACUGGACCCGAACUUGACUUAUUUGCCGGACAUAGCUGGACGGAUUGGCAGAAUGCUGUGGAGUCAGAUACUGGGGCUGGAGGCAAUGAUAGCAGCCCUGAUAGUGUUUCAACUCGACAAGACAAAGAAGUGGCAAAACUUAAAAGACAAGACUUAGGGUUGUUUGGAUUUUGUCCAGCGAAAGAUCAUUUCUACGUUGUUGUUUGCAGCCACUGUGGUUCGCCCGUUAAACCUCAGGCUUUUAACUUUCAUAUUGAAAAACACCACAAAGAGAAAAGCAAAAACCCGGAGUUCGUGAAGAAACCUCGUAUUCGCUCUGAUAAUGAUGUCAUGGUUACCACGGAUACGUACAGGACUUCCCCGUCGCGACACAAACUUGAAAAGUCUGAAGUUUUCCGAGAUUUCGAUCUCAAACCCCACAGUGUUGCGAGAUUAAAAUCGGCUCCAAAUCAAGUGAAGAUUCCUCCAGUGCUUGUGAAUUCUGCCUCGGUUUGCGGCAACACUGGCCACCAUGUCCAGAGGGAUAAGAACCACUUCAAGAAGAAUGAGGAUCAUCAUAGAUUCUCCUCCGCGAAGAUCAAUCGAAUGAAACCGGACCUUGUGAGGAAGAUCAGCGACGUAGACAAGCGAGGACACACCAAUAAACUUCAUAAACUCGCAAAGAAGAACCACAUCGUUGAACAAAACCCUACGAGGUCGUUCGUAGACGCAGCGAAAGUUGUCAGUUCGAAUGAAACGUUGACAGCGGUAGCGAACAUUAAACAAGGGGAGAAAGAGGAACGCUCGCUUAAAAUUCAAUUUUCUGUCCCAGAGAAAGUCCAUCUUGCCUCCCCCCCACACAGGCAGCACAAACAUAAAUACAAUCCACAGCUGGAUAUUGUCAAAACAUCUGACAGGGGGAAUACCCCAAACCAGGCCCACAACGGUGCUACUACUAAUAAAGUGUUGCCAAAACCAAAGAAAAUUCUGCCUUUAAAAGCCAGGGAAUACGACCCUGAUCGACACUGUGGUGUUUGGAUAGCAGACGAACAAACUAACUGUACGAGGUCUCUUACCUGUAAGUCACAUUCAAGAAGUAUUAAACGGAAAGUCACAGGCCGAAGGAAAACCUUUGAUGAGUUAGUUGUGGAUCAUGCAAGAGCAAAGAUAAGAUUGAAAGAAAAAUCUUCCCAACAGUUGAAUUCACUCCCUACAAAAACAGUGGACCAACGAGCAACAAAAGCGGAAUCGAAGAUAUCUCCGAAUACCCACAAUGCAGUUGGGCAUCUAGGUGGAGCUAGAGCGCAGAGUUCGAUCACCCCACCCAAGUCCAAAUCUUCAUUUUCACUUUUUCCCAGAUCUUCCACUCCUCGCUACAUCGAUUGUUGGGAGGAUUCCUCAUUCGAUCCGGAUGCAACUCUUCCUCCUCAUCUGUCUUCUCAGUCUCAACCUCCAAUGCCAUCUACUGUAUGUCGAUUCGCAUCCCGAACGUUGGAUUCAUUCCACUCCCCAUACAACCACAACUCUGACCUCCAGUGGCGAACGUUUACGUCCUCGUUCACGCAAGCCAACUUCGCUCGACAGUUGCUGAAACAAAGUCGUUCCAACGUAACUCAGGGCAAAACCAACUUUUCGUUCGUUCCAAUGAACUCAGCGUCGAACCAUAUCCAGGAAAGCAACGAAACCAACUCGAAUCCCUGCGACUGUGAUGUCACAAGCGACAUUGAAUCAAUUGAGCAACCUCACAAUAAAAGGUGCGUUUCCGCUCCAGCGCCCAGGACUUUAAAAUCCUACAGUGCUGAUGUCACAAUGCGACAUAAAAGGACGACCUCUAGCGCACCUAAUGGAAAUAAGACGCAACCAUCAGAUAAAGUCGGGGCCUCCAAUGGGGCAGAACGAUUACAGCCCCCCUUCGAAGCCCCGGGAAAACCCCGGUCUACCUCGUUACCCACCCACGAGGGGAAAGUCCCCUCACCCCACAUAACGGUCACCCACUUUAAGAAACCAGCGGGGAAUCCCCUGAAUGAGGUCAUCGCAAGGUCACCGAAGAAAAAGAAAACUACGAUGAAACAAAGGAAGUCGCUGACACGUUCGUACACCCAACCAACCAAACUAACCAACAAUCACAUUCAUGAUAAUACGAAUGCUCAUCUAAGCAAGGAAAUUAUUAAAAGAUCCAAAUCGACAGACGUCCCAUCCAGUUUAAUAAACGAAACAACAGAAUUCCAACUCCAACCUCCAACUUCAUCUAUAAACUUUGUUAAGAAAGAUCCCACGUCCCCAAUGAAUGGAAUUUCAACGAACGUGAUCAACUACCACCCAUGGCCGCAUAAAGUUACGUUAUCUGGUGCUAUAGGUGCACUCAGGAGGAAUAGUGCUGGGAAAAAUGAAGAUAUUAUGAAAAUACAUCAAAAGCAAGGUGACAUCACGGAAAUUCCCCGUAACCAUAACAACUCAAACAGCUAUGACCUCACAAAGGAGUUAACCCCCGUGGUUGACGGCGAGAGUGAACGAUCCGCUCACAUUGACACGCUUCAGUCGUUGCUCCUCGAUAACACUACCCCCACUAGUGGAAUACUAGUCGAGGCGGCCGACAAAACGGGGGUGCGAGAAAAUUCCGAAGAAAAUUCAAAACGGACGAAUUUUUGUCAAAUCGGGGAAUUAUUGUCGCUUCUCGAUCAAGGAAAUGCUGAGUCGUCAUCGCAGGAUCUCGCUUCAUUUUCGUUUCGUGACUCAGCGAUAUUUGAGCCGUCGAAUCUCGCGAAUUCCUGACCAUGGAUAACAUAUUUGAACCAUAGGCGCCGAGCUUUUAUAAAUGCAGGGGAGGCAGGGGUGGUUGGAUGCCUCAAUUCUAUGGUUUAUAAAAACAAAGUUGGUUGUAAUGUUUACUGAUUAAUAAUGUGCAAAAAAAUCCAGGGUUGCUUGUCUACCCUGCCACCCCAGUUUAAAACAUCCAUGACACAGGAGAGGCAAGGAUAGUUAGACGCUUAAUCCUGUAAAUUCUUAUGUUUAAUAAUAAAUUCAAAAUUCCAGGGUUGACCUGCCCACCCUGCCACCCCAGGUUCGGCGCCUAUGGGCCCCUAACUCACAGAGAUCAUAUUUUAUUGUUCUGUCUUUCUUACCAACUGUGUUCCGCUUUGCACUACAACGCACACAGUGGUACUUCACCAACCAACAUGGGUGCUCAAAACUAUUUGUGCAAAAUAUUAUUUUUUUAAUCAAAAA